CAAGAUGGCGGCAGCACGGCUUCAGCCGCGCGGGGCGGGGCGGGGCGGGGCGGGGCGGGGCAGCCGAGGUCGGAGGGCGGGAUGCUGUGGGCUGCGCUGGGCCUCGUGCCGCCGCUACUAAGCUGCGUGCGAGCCCAGGGGCCGGGCCUGAGGUGGUUGUGGGGACGCGGGGGCGGUCCGGGGGCUGCGGAGAGAAGGCAGACCGGGGCCAGGGUCUGGGGCUGGCGGUGUUUGAGCUCGGAGCCGGGGCCCGGGGCCGCGCACUACCAGCUUGUCUACACUUGCAAGGUGUGUGGGAGCCGGUCCUCCAAGCGCAUCUCCAAACUGGCCUAUCACCGGGGAGUUGUCAUCGUUACCUGCCCCGGCUGCCAGAAGCACCACGUCAUCGCCGACAACCUGGGCUGGUUCUCAGACCUGGACGGGAAGAGGAAUAUUGAAGAAAUCCUGGCGGCCAGAGGGGAGAAGGUGUGCCGAGUGGCUGGCGAGGGGGCUCUAGAGCUGGUUUUAGAGGCUGCCGGGAACCCCAAAUCCACCACUGCUCCAGAAGGGGGUGAGGACCAGGACCCCACUCAUCCUGGCAAGAUGGAGCCCAGCUGACUCUGUCUUCUCCCUUCCAGAAGAUUCUUCGGCCCUUCUGGGCUGGCCUGUUUUCUAUCAAUAAACACAUCACUCGGA